AUGGAUUCUUUCUAUGAAGCAUUGAAGAGAUUCAAGGAGUAUACAAGAAGCUGCCCUAACCAUGGUUUCUUUGAAGGUAACCUUUGGAAAAUCUUUUACAAUGGGAUUGAUCAUAAAUACAAGCUUUCUCUCGAUACCGCAAGUAAUGGGAACUUCAUGACCAAGUCGGUGCAGGAAGCCAAGCUUUUGAUUGAGAAUCUUGCUGUGAGUGAUGCCAAUGCCUGCCCUGACUACAAUAGAAGUGUGAAGACCACAAGCCCAUUAUCAGAAUCAGCUCAAAUCUCGGAACUAAAGAACAUAGUUUCACAACUACUAAAGGGCCGACAAGGAGUUCAUGCCAUUGAAGACGCCUUAGCUACCAAUGAAGACCCUCUCAUGGAGUUUAUUGGAGAUGCCACCGAGGAGAAUCAAGAGGAGCCUAAGAAGAAAGUAUAUCCCACAGGAAUCUAUCAAGUGAAGCAGCCAUUCACUUUCCCUCAAGGAGCUACUUCGGCUCAACAAGAAGAGAAGGUUGAUGUCGCAUUAAAGAAGUACAUGGAGGAGCAAAGGUUGAUAACCAAGAACCUUUAUGAGAAGCUUGAUCACAUGUUUGGUGAUCUCAGCAGCAAGUUUGGGUCUCUCUUAACUCAUGUCCAGAAGCUAGAGGUACAAAUCGCUCAAACAGCCGAGGCGGCUAAGAAGCAACAUGAGGGAAACCCUCAAAAGUUUUGUAGUGUUGUCUUGUCUAAGGUGAACCAGAUUGUUCCCACACUAUCUCAAGGGAAAGCAGAAGAAUAUGAGUAUAAGGAGAGGCAAAAGCCGGGUAGAUACACAUGGGAAUCAAGAAGAGCUUACAAGAGAAGACUAGAAGGCAAGCCACUACCAAAGCUAGAAUAUCCGGGGAAGUUUGUGAUCACUUCUUGCAUCAAUGGCUAUCAACUCAAUGAUUGA